AUGCACCACUCACACUCGCUGCACGCCGCCACGACACAGCCUCACCCUUCACAAUCUGCUCGACCUUACAACUCACACGUGUACGCGAUUCUACUUGCAGGGACUGAGCAACGAUCAAGGCCUGGUGACGAAGACUACAUCGAACAGCCUAAGAACACAUUAAUCCUUUAUUGA